AUGGCAGCGUAUGUAGUUGCUCGGCGCCGGUCACUUGGGUGGAUCACUUCACAACUUGGCGAGCCAUCUCCAUCAGUGGUCCGUUGUGCUACUCUAUGGAGAUCGUAUUCAACUUCCUUCAGGGAAGAGCGAGACACUUUUGGACCUAUUCAAGUUCCAUCUGAUAAAUUGUGGGGUGCACAAACUCAGAGAUCAUUGCAGAAUUUCGAUAUUGGUGGUGAGCGAGAGAGAAUGCCAGAGCCAAUAGUUCGUGCUUUUGGCAUCCUGAAGAAAUGUGCUGCAAAGGUGAACAUGGAGUAUGGCCUUGAUCCAGCAAUUGGUAAGGCCAUCAUGCAAGCUGCCCAAGAAGUCGCUGAGGGAAAGCUAAAUGAUCAUUUUCCUCUUGUUGUGUGGCAAACUGGCAGUGGGACUCAAAGUAACAUGAAUGCUAAUGAGGUUAUUGCCAAUCGAGCUGCUGAGAUCCUUGGCCAUAAGCGUGGUGAAAAGUAUGUGCACCCAAAUGACCACGUCAAUAGAGCUCAAUCUUCUAAUGACACUUUUCCAACGGUGAUGCAUAUUGCUGCCGGAAUGGAGAUAAACUCGAGAUUAAUUCCGAAAUUGAAUACUUUGCACUCAACCCUUCAUUCAAAGUCUAUUGAAUUUAAGGAUAUUGUUAAAAUUGGCCGUACUCAUACUCAAGAUGCUACACCUCUGACACUUGGCCAAGAGUUUAGCGGCUAUACCACUCAAGUGAAGUAUGGAAUUGAUCGCGUCUCCUGCACUCUGCCUCAUAUAUAUCAGCUAGCACAAGGGGGAACAGCAGUGGGGACUGGAUUGAACACUAAGAAAGGGUUUGACGUGAAGAUUGCCAGAGCAGUAGCCGAGGAGACAAACCUACCAUUUGUCACUGCAGAAAACAAGUUUGAAGCUCUGGCUGCACAUGAUGCCUUUGUUGAAUGUAGUGGAGCUCUGAAUACAAUCGCUACUUCUUUGAUGAAGAUUGCCAAUGACAUAAGAUUGUUAGGAAGUGGUCCAAGAUGUGGUCUGGGUGAGCUCAUUCUUCCAGAAAAUGAGCCUGGCAGCAGCAUUAUGCCGGGGAAGGUUAAUCCCACUCAGUGUGAGGCACUUACGAUGGUCUGUGCUCAGGUUAUGGGAAAUAAUGUGGCCAUCACCGUGGGUGGAUCAAAUGGUCACUUUGAAUUAAAUGUAUUCAAGCCAAUGAUUGCAAGUUGCCUCCUACAUUCUGCAAGACUACUUGGGGACGCAUCUGCUUCUUUCGAAAAGAACUGUGUGAGGGGAAUUCAAGCAAAUAAGGAGCGUAUCUCAAAGUUGUUGCACGAGUCACUAAUGCUGGUUACAUCAUUGAAUCCUAAAAUUGGUUACGACAAUGCUGCUGCAGUCGCCAAGCUUGCCCACAAGGAAGGAAGCACCCUCAAGGAAGCGGCUCUGAAACUCGGAGUCCUGACAAGCGAGGAGUUUGAUACCCUUGUGGUACCUGAGAAAAUGAUUGGACCUACUGACUGA